AUUGUUUCUCUUUGUAAUAAUGGCUUUAUCAGAAAUCUGUUUUUACUAGGAAUGCAGAGGAACUCCGCAGGAAACAAAAAGGAACGGCGAGGAGGAAGAUGCUCAUUGACUUGGAAUGGUCAGUCAAUUUCACUCCCGGACAAAGUUUCCCCAGCCUUAUUAAAGCAAUGGUCUCUUUCCUCCGGAAACUCGAACCAUUCUCUAGUUUCCUUUGAUAAUAUUACACUCAGGAAUGGCAGCUCCUCUGAAGAAACUACUCGCUGCAUUAGUGCGCUUCCCGUUCGUCUUCCUUGUACUUUUGGUAGGAUCACCUAAUAACAGUCCUGCUACAGGCAAAACUUCCUUUGUUGGUGCCGUUCAUAGCGGAGAUAACCGAGAUAUGGCAAUAGGGAAGGAAGCAGAGGCACUUCUUAGAUGGAAGUCCAGUCUUGACAGUCGAAGUCGCCCUGUUCUAUCCUCCUGGAAUACAAGCAUCCCUGCUUGCCACUGGACGGGAAUCUCAUGUGGUGGGCCCUACAGCACUGGCAGCAUCGUCGUCCUGAACCUGGCAGAAUUAUCCUUGAAAGGUACCCUCCACAAUCUCGACUUUUCUUCGUUACCCAAAUUAGUCUCUCUUGAUCUCUCCCGUAACAUGCUGUUUGGGACCAUUCCCUCAAAUAUCGGUAACCUUUCCCAUCUCCGUUACCUCGACUUGUCCCAAAAUUACCUUUCCGGAAGCAUACCAGCGAGCAUUGGACAGAUGUCCUCUCUCUUGGAAAUUUCACUGGCCAAUAAUGAACUGAACGGCACCAUUCCUCCUGAGCUCGGGCAGUGCUUACUCCUGCGUCACCUCGACUUAAGUUGUAAUAAGCUGACGCAGGGUAUUCCAGUGGAAUUUAGCAGACUUGACAAUCUUCAACUUCUUGACCUCAGCCGAAACUCACUGAGCAAAUUGCCACUUAUAUCCCUUCGGCGAUGGUGGAGAUUAGUAACACUAAAUCUCUCCCAGAACGUGCUGUUUGGGACCAUCCCCUCAAAUAUCGGUAACCUUUCGCAUCUCCGUUACCUCGACUUGUCCAAUAAUCACCUUUCCGGAAGCAUACCGGCAAGCAUCGGACAGAUGUCCUCUCUCCUGAAUAUUUCACUGGCCAAUAAUGAACUGAACGGCACCGUUCCUCCAGAGCUCGGGGAUUGCAUGAGCCUGCAGCACCUCGACUUAAGUUGUAAUAAGUUGUCACAGAGUAUUCCAGAGGAUAUCAGCAAACUCGACAAUCUUCAACUUCUAAACCUCUCCCAGAACAUGCUGUUUGGGACCAUCCCCUCCAAUAUCGGUAGCCUUUUCAAGUUAUAUCACCUUGACUUGUCCCAUAAUUACCUUUCUGGAAGCAUACGGGCGAGCAUCGGACAGAUGUCCCAUCUCCUGAGUAUUUCACUGGCCAAUAAUGAACUUACGGGUGCCAUUCCUCCAGGGCUCAGGCUUUGCGCGAACCUGCAGUACCUCAACUUAAGUGGUAAUAUGCUGACGCUGAGUAUUCCAGGGGAAUUUAGCGGACUUGACGAUCUUCAACUUCUUGACCUCAGUCGAAACUCAUUGAGCGGAUAUAUAAGUGACACUCUCUGGAAAUUGCGGAGUUUAAAAAUACUAGAUCUAUCCCACAACAUGCUCUCUGGGUCGAUCAUGUGCACGAACGUUGAUCAGAUAAAAUCUCCAUUGAGUUCCAUCGAUUUAUCCUACAAUCGGUUGGAAGGCCUGCUACCUCUCUGCAUCCCACUUCGAUUGGAUGGGAUUAUAGUGUUUUCACAUAAUGCAGGCUUGUGUUGUGAUAUUGCGGGGUUUGCGCCGUGUAAACAGGCGCCCUGUCCAACGAUAGACAAUGAUCACAAGAAGUGGCGAAACAGAGAGUCGGUAACGACAAACAUGAUUGUAGUUAUACCCGUGCUCAUUCUUCUGUCUAUGGCUUUUGGAAUUGUGUAUUGGCUUAAAAACAGGAAAGGAAGCAAAGAGAGUGCUAUACUAACAAGCAAUGAAUUUUUGUUGGCAAUAUGGAGCUACGACGGGAGAAUUGCGUACCGGAAGAUCAUAGCUGCGGUCGAGGACUUCGACAGCAAGUACUGCAUCAGCGCCGGGGCAUAUGCGAGCGUCUACAAGGCGGAACUGGCAACGGACCGUGUUGUCGCCGUGAAGAAACUUCAUGCAGGACAUGACGAUGAGAGCGAGACGGCUACUCACAAGGCGUUCAAGAGCGAGAUCCGCACUCUCACGGAGGUGAGGCACCGUAACAUCGUGAAAUUCUACGGGUUCUGCUCGACCCCGAGGCACUCUUUCCUGGUAUACGAGUUCCUGGGAUCAGGGAGCCUGCAGGGCUUACUGACUGAUGAUGAUGAUGCGGCGGGUUUCGGGUGGCUCGAGCGGGUGAACAUCGUGAAGGGCAUUGCAAACGCUUUGUGCUACCUGCACCACGAGUGCUCCCCUCCGAUACUUCACCGAGAUGUGUCAAGCAAAAAUGUGCUGCUGGAUGACGAGUACGAAGCCCGCCUGUCGGACUUUGGCACUGCCAGGUUUCUGAAACCCGAUUCCUCAAACUGGACUACAUUUGUUGGAACAUUUGGAUACGCAGCUCCAGAGCUCGCAUACACAAUGAACGUGAAUGAGAAGUGCGAUGUCUACAGUUUUGGAGUUCUAACUUUGGAGACGAUCAUGGGAAGACAUCCAGCGGAUCUCAUCUCAUCCAUCUCUUUCAGUCCGUCUGCAUCAUCCUCAACUGAUCUUCUUAGGCUGAAAGAUGUCUUAGAUCCGCGAAUUCCAUCCCCAAGAAAUGAAGCCGCAUCGGAAGUUAUCUUCGUAGUAAAGGUAGCGUUCUCAUGCUUGAGCUACCGACCAGAGUUCCGGCCUACCAUGAAACAGAUAUCUCAAGGUCUAUCUGCUCGGAGAUUAUCUCUGCAAGGUUCACCCGAAGAGACGGAACUUGGAGAAUUGGCGGAUUUGAGAAGCUUGUGUCCCUGAAUUUCGAACUUCAUCCAGAACACCAGUAUCAGUUGGAUUACAUUAGAAUGUUGGUGGCUUCUUUCACAUAUUUUUAGGAACUAUUUUGUAUUCAUAGUACACGAGGAUUCUGAUCAAUUCGGAUGAAAUAAUUCAUCUGGGAAUGGGAAGAUGACAUAUAUUCUUUGUACGCUUUAUUUUGCAAAAAAAGACAGUCUCCCUCCCUCGAGGAUUCUAGUCAUAAAAAAAAAAAAACAUAAACUAGAUGAGUACCCCGCUCAUUGCGUGGACGCUACAGUCAAUUAAAUAUCAUCAAGAUUAAGUAUAUUAUUUUAAAAU